CCGUACGCGCGGGCCUUACCACGACCGCACUUCGUAGCUCGUGAUUGGAUGCCUGUCCGUUCGCGAUCAAUACCAGGGUUGUUUUGAAUAUACUGAGUGCAUGUACCGUUGGCGUCAAUAGAAGUUUGUGUUGCGUACCUGUAGAGUUCUGCUUCCUCGUUCGGGGCUUUGGUCGUGUUUGUUCAAGACCCUGCGUGCAGGGGACUAGUGUACGUGUAGAUACAACAGUGGCGUCUGGGCUGUGGACCAUUACAAUGGCAUUUCACCUACUACCUCCAGAAGCCUUUUGGUGCGAUCCUGCUACUAGACCUACGGAGAGUGAUUGGAUCCAAUGGAGAACGUCUUUCACGAAUUACUUGGACCUACUCCCAGCAACUACUACUUACGAUGAGAAGCAAAAACUGAAACUACUUCGUCACCUGUUGGGCAAUGAAGGUCAACGUUAUUUCGAUGCGUUAGAUCUGCAGAAAUUCGACACACUUACAAAGGCAUUGGAUGUACUCGAUCAGUCAUGGGGUGCACGGCCAAACAUUUUCGCUGAACGCUACAAGUUCUGCUGUUUGAGGCAAGAAGAUGCAGAGCCACUGGAACAAUUUGUCGCUCGUUUAAUUCGGUCUGUAAAAACCUGUGACUAUACUAGCAUCCCGAAGAAUACACUUGAGAGUGUUAUGCUGACGCAGCAGUUGAUAACCGGUAUAAAGGAUAAUCGUAUACGCGAAAAGCUACUUUCCGAAGAUCCGUCAAAACUUACCUGGGAGAGAGCCAUAGAGAUCGCAAGACUAAUAAAAGCCGCCGUUGAACAUUCCAGCCUAUUCAAGUCGAGUGAUAUACUAGAAGUCAGUAAGAUUCAGCACAAGGGUUCCAGUCAACCUCAGAAUUCGACUGUUUCGUGCUAUAGAUGUGGGAGUUCUCGCCACAAAGCUGACUGUCAAACAUGUCCGGCUCGUACAGCUGAGUGUAAAAGCUGUGGUAAACUGGGCCACUUCGCCAGAUGCUGCCGCUCGCGUCGAGUCGCGUUAAUUGACCAACAAAAUGAUGUUUCCACCUCACCGACUACACCGAAUCUUUUUUCUAUCAGAAGACGAUUACAACCAGAAACACGACGAAUUGCUUCGCUGGAACCCAAGCUCCCUGCUCCUGACAUACGUACCGUUACACUCCAUGGGCUUAACACUUCUGUACCAGUGACUAUGGAGCUAGACUCGGCAUCGCCGAUAACAAUUAUCCCGUCCAGCAUUUACGACAAUUACCUGAAAGACAUUCCAUUACAUCCUACGUCGUAUAAAUUCGAAUCGUACACAAAUUCACGUGUGCAAAUUCGGGGAUAUAUAAUGACGAAAAUCAGUUUACUCUCAGUCGCAUCUGAUGUAGCUGUGUAUGUUGCCUCCGAAGACAGUCCAGCCUUGCUGGGGCGAAAUGCUAUGGUUGCCCUCAACAUAACACCAUCUAUCGAGCGAAUGCGCAUCAUGACAAUCAAAACAUCAGUACUUAAAAGCUUAUAUCCCAAAUUAUUUGCUGAGUCGAUUGGCCGGAUUCCAUCUGCUGCUCAUCGAAUAUGCCUUAAAAAGGACGCUAAACCGUUUUCGAUUUCGCAGCCACGUCCUAUUCCAUUGGCCAAACGUACGAUGGUAGAAAAGGCCAUACAAGAGAUGAUUUCCAACGAUUUGAUAGAGCCAGUUAACUGUUCCGAAUGGGUGCAUCCCAUGGUCACGGUGUUAAAGAAGGACGGUACUGUGCGCAUAUGCAACGACUUGAAAGGGUUGAACAGUCAGAUCGUCGUCGAAAAAUUCGUUCUUCCCACAGUUGACGAGUUGUUGGUCAAGAUAACUGGCGCGCGAUUUUUCUCAAAACUAGACCUGAGGAAGGCCUUUUUCCACAUGCCAUUGACACCAGAAUCCAGACCACUUACGGCUUUUCUGACAUCGAGUGGUCUAUUCCAGUACAAAGUCUUGCCGAUGGGACUUAGCUCCGCUCCAGCAGCUUGGCAGAAGUUUAUGAAUCACUCACUAGCAGAUCUACCGGGACAAAUCGCUUACAUGGAUGAUAUAUGCGUUUUCGGGAAAUCAAGAGAUGAGCACGACUCAAGGCUGCGCGCUGUGUUGCAGCGAUUGGAGAGCCUAGAUCUUCGGCUGAACCUGGAAAAGUGUAUAUUUUGUGCUACGGAUGUCGAGUUUCUUGGGUACGUCUUAUCAGCUGGUGGAAUUAGACCAUGCGCAGCUAACACUCGAGCUAUCACGGAAGCCCCUGUACCGAAGAAUACAUCCGAGGUUAAGCACUUUCUUGGUUUAUGCUCGUACAACUUGCGCUAUUUGCCCGAUUUUGCAACUAUAGCGGAGCCAUUGAGAAUGCUGACAAAAGAAAAAGCUACGUUCGAUUGGGGCUCUUCGCAGCAGUCGGCCUUUGAAGAAAUUAAAAGACGCCUCGUCUCCACCCCAAUGCUGGCCAUUUUCGACGAAAACUGCCCAACAUUCGUCUCAACGGAUGCGUCAAACAUCGGUUUAGGAGCGGUCUUGUCUCAAAUUCAGAACGGUGAGGAAAAAGUGAUUGCAUAUGCUUCUAGAAAGUUAUCCCCUACUGAAGUUUCAUAUUCCGCAGGUGAAAGGGAGGCCCUGGCCUGUGUAUGGGCCUGUGAAAAAUGGCACCUGUUUCUGUUUGGUCGGAGAUUUACAUUGCGCACGGAUCAUGCUGCUCUAACUACCCUCCUCAGCCGAGGAACCAAUGGUCACAGGCCACUACGGAUUAACCGCUGGUAUGCGCGGUUACUGAACUAUGAUUUUCAAAUCAUCUUCCGCCCUAGCUCCGAGAACCGUAUGGCAGAUAGCUUAUCACGUCUCCCAUUGGAUGAUUCCGACAAGAAUGAAGACGACGAAGAAAAAGUCAUGAUUUCUGCUUUACAAUCAAGUGAGCUCUCCGCGGUUACUAAACAAGAGCUUCAAGAAGCUAACCGGAGUGAUUCAAAUGUGCAAGAUGUCAUUCACUAUCUCUCUCAAGGCUGGCCUCGCUACGCGAAGUUGAGUGGUGAACUACGGGCGUUUUAUGUUUUACGACAUGAGCUAGCGGUCGUUGACGAUUGCCUUAUGCGAGGAUCGCGAUUCGUAGCUCCACAGAAACUGACAUCAAAAAUUAUCCAAUGUGCACACGAGGGACAUCCGGGUAUCGUACGGACGAAGCGCCGACUUCAAGAAUACUUUUGGUGGCCAAAAAUGAAUAAAAUGGCAGAGGCGUGUGUCCGGUCUUGCGAUGCAUGUCAGAAGGCCGACAAGAGCUCCAAACCGAUCGAUGCCCCCAUCCAACCUGUUACUUAUCCAAUGAAACCUUGGUCGAAGGUGGCGAUUGACAUCAUGGGACCGUUUCAUUCUGCGCCACAGCACCAGAGGAACUGCUUAGUUGCCACGUGCUAUUACAGUAAGUGGCCGGAAAUCCAUUUGUGUGGCGAUGUGACCACUUCAACCGUUAUACGGUGGCUGAAACAUCUGUUUGCUAGAUUUGGGUUUCCUGAGGAAAUUGUGACAGACAACGGACCACAAUUCACGAACUAUGAGUUUAAACGUUUCUUACAGCUUCGUGAUGUGAAGCACGUACAUACUGUCCCGUACAACCCAGCUGCCAACGGCAUGGUUGAGCGCACUAAUCGCACGCUAAAGGAAACUAUACAGACAGCACGUUUGUCCGGCAGGCAGUGGGAAGAUGCCGUUUUGGAGGCUCUGUUUACUCACCGAACAUCGCACCACAGAGCGACUGAUCGCACCCCAGGUGAGCUGAUGUUUGGCAGGAAGUUGCGUACGAAAUUAAACGCAGCUAUUUCGGCUGCAGAAAACAACGACCCCCACCAACUGGAACGUCGCCGGGGAUAUCAGUCAUCCUACGAAAAACGGGCCACAUCGCUGCGUCCUGGAACGUUGGUCAGGCUAAAGGAAAGGCAAACACGUAAAGGAGAACCGGCACUGACGAGACCCAUCAGAAUUACUCGUGCGCUAGGGCCAGGAACUUAUGAGUUAGCAGACGGCCGACGAGUCAACGCCAGACAGCUAUAUUCAGCACUUCAACCGAAGCAAUGUCCUGAAACGAGGGCCACCGCAGUGAACCAACCGCUGAAGAGGGGGAGUAGUGUGGUAGCCCGUACGCGCGGGCCUUACCACGACCGCACUUCGUAGCUCGUGAUUGGAUGCCUGUCCGUUCGCGAUCAAUACCAGGGUUGUUUUGAAUAUACUGAGUGCAUGUACGGUUGGCGUCAAUAGAAGUUUGUGUUGCGUACCUGUAGAGUUCUGCUUCCUCGUUCG